AUGAUUAAACUGACUUUCGCAAAUUCAAGGCUCAAGAGAGCUUAUAUUGCUCUUCAAGCAUGGAAAAAAGCUAUUUACUCUGACCUGCAUAAUGUAACAGCCAAUUGGGUUAGUGAGAAUGUGUAUGCUUACAAUGGUAUACUUUGCACACCAACACACGAUAAUCCCAAAUUAAUAGUUGUUUUGGGUGUUUAUAUUAACCAUGGUGAUAUAGCUGGGUACCUUCCAGUUGAGCUCGGGCUUUUGACUGAUCUCACUAUAUUCCACAUCAACUAUAAUUGGUUUUGUGGAAUCAUCCCAAAUAGUUUCUCUAAACAUCAACAUUUUGAAGAGCUUGAUGUCAGCAAUAACCGCUUUGUGGGUUCAUUUCCAGAUGUUCUUCUCGAGUUACAUUCCCUUGUAUACAUUGACAUCAGAUACAACAAUUUUGAAGGGCCAAUUCCAGCAAAACUCUUUGACAAGAAAUAUAAUGUUUUGUUCUUGACUCAUAAUAGGUUAACUUCAGAAAUCCCUGAUCUCUGUGAAUGGAAGUGCGGAAAAGCAUCACCUCCUCCAACACCAUCAAAGAGUUAUAUUCAACCUCCCAUAUCCAAGCUACCACCAUCAACUCCGCCAACCCCUAUAUCCCAAUCAUCACCUCCUCUGACACCAUCAACACCAACUCCACCAACAUCAACUCUACCAUCCCCUACAUCCCAAACAUUACCUCCUCCAACCCCAUCCAAGAGUUAUACCCCACCACCCACCCCAACUCCACUAAGCCAAUCAUCCAAAUUAUCCCCUCCAUCAAAAGAAGGAAAAACUUAUAUUUCACCCCCAUUUCCAAGCCACCAACAUCAACUCCGCUAA